AUGGAUUCUCUGGUGCAAAACUUCUUCAGCCGUACAAACUUCCGUUUCUACCUCAUUUACCCGCCUUCCUUUUUAGAAGAAUAUCGAUCAUGGUGGUCCCUACGCUCCGAAAAUCGCCCACUUGGAUUGCAAUGGACUUGCCUGCUACUGACAGUUUGUGCCUGCUCAACACAGGACGCUCAUAUUGAGCUUCAGCGGAGACUCGAAACUGAUCUCCGCAAAAGCACGCAAAACCUUGCCGAGAACUAUCACAAUGCCGCCCGAGAGUUACAUGGCGCGAUUCCCAUUGGGAACAAUCAUCUUUUAAGCACCCAGUCGCUGCUUCACUCAUGUUACUGGCAUAUGUCAGCAGCACAAUUUGUCGAAUGCUGGCAUUUCCUUAACACUGCUAUCCGCGAGGCUCAAGAACUCGGCAUUCACACAGGAACUGUUACCGGUUACAUGCCUGAAUUCGACCUUGAAAUGCGAAGAAGAAUCUGGCGCGUCCUGGAUACAUGGGAUUGUGACAGGUCUCGGCCCUGGAUUGUCCUGCAUAGGCAUUACCUCCAAACCAUGGUUCUCUCAAUGCUGCUUGACCCCGGCCGAGCCUACCUUAUCAAGCCAAUGUCAAACCAGUCCCCGCCAGAUGAGCUCAAAAUCCGUAACGACGGCAUUGACUAUUCACUACAGCUAAUGCGUGUCUUACAAGGCUUCUUUGAUCAUAUUUAUCCCCGCGAUGCCCAAAUCCACUUUGUUCUUUUCUACAUAUGUGACAAUGCUGCAGUUCUUUGUUCGGCUCUUAUACACGACCAGAACUCUAGCCUCCCAAAACGACACGAUGUACUUAAUGCUGUUGGCAAUGCCGUCUUAACACUCCAGCGGUUCAAAACAGUGACGAAAACCGUGAGGGCAUCGUAUAAGGUUCUGGUCAAAAUUGCGCAAAACAUCAAGCGACAAGCGCAUGAAGCGAAGUCGCCAAUCGAACCUAUGAGAAAGCUGCCCAAUGCCAAUGAACUAGCACUUGCACCGCCCAGUAUGACUCCCAAGGAGAGAGUAGUCGCAAGAAACACCGGAUCUAUGGAAACGAACGCGCAUUUCUCUCUUCAUAUGUCACUGUCUACCUGCCCUGGUCCCUCUGCUAGUGGUGACAAAUCGACAUUGAAUUAUUCACCAUCAUAUGACAACAUGACACUGCCAACGACCGACCUUUGCGAUGACGGGGCUAACUUUGACAAUUUUGACAGCUUUGGCGCGAUUACAGAGAAAGACUUGGAUGAUUUGGCGGCAUUGUGGAGUCAUGAGAGUACAAACUUGCACUUCAUCAACCCUGAAGGAGUAAAAUAA